ACGUGUGGCUUUGCUGCUGGACCCCUGGGAGGCAAACGGUGUCCAAUUUCGUUUGUAAUUAUGGAGCAGAACACCUCUCGGUUUCAGUCUGAACUUGAUUUCUGCCCUGAGUGUGGCACAGUCCUGCCUUUGCCUGGGGUCCAAGAUACGGUGACGUGCCUCUGUUGUUCCUUCUCCAUUGACAUAAAGGAAUUUGAAGGGAGAGAGAUCCACACAUCCAUCACAUUCAGUACAAUAGAUGCCACAUCUGAGAGGAAAAUAGAUGAGGCAAAAGAGAUCAAAGGACCCUUGCUUGACAGGAACUGUCCCCAGUGUGGGCAUGAAGGCAUGGUGUACCACACCCGGCAGAUGAGGUCAGCAGACGAAGGACAGACGGUCUUCUACACCUGCCCCCGUUGCAAAUUUCAGGAGAAGGAAGAUUCUUGAUCGGACAGCAUCAAUGUUCAUUUGGGCAAAUCUGAACAAGCUCUCCCUUCUUGAUUUAGAAUCUCUCCAGACUAUGCAGCACUUAUGGGUGCUGUGGGAACAUCCUCUUGCAUCAGCUAGAUGAUUCAUGAAUGGUGAUUUUUGUCCCGCAGCAGGCCAGACUGGUGGCCCAGCAUAGAAGGGCUGAGAAGGGAACUGCAUGGUAAAAGUCUUACAAGGAGUCCGAAUUCUUCCUUUCCCCAGUUCCUUUCCUCUGGUCUUUGCAUACGAACAGAUGGGAUUUCCCAGUGCAGAAGACUAGAACUUCUGUCUAACGACAACACCCUACUUGAGCCAAACCAAAAGCUGAGCACCAAGAACGUGUGCUGCUCUUGCAGAUCCUACCAUUACUGCUACUACCACUGUGGUAACCAAUCUCAUGGUAUCUUUUGUGUUAUUUCCUGCCUUCACUGAUGGAAACUUCUGACACACUUGUGCAAGCGUGCAUGUUGGUGGUCAUCCUGUAACCUGAUCCAUUCUGGUUUGAGGCUUGUUCCAAGAAGGUAGUAGAACCACACAGCUGCUUGCAUAGCAGCCACUCACACAUUCCCCUUUUUUAGCCGUUAUCCUGCCGCAAGGUGAAGAUUAAUUCACACUCCUCCAUCCACUGUUCCCCUGUGGGGCUGUAGUUGCAGUUCAGCCAGGGAGGAAGGGCUCACUGGUAGCCUUUAUGGGCCAACCUUGGUUCUCUGGAAAUAGGCCUUGAUGCGCAGAGGAUUACAAAGAGCUGUUUGCAGUGACCUGCAGUAACCAUGGUUCUGUAGUGACAUGUACCCUCCAACUGCAGUCAGUUGUGUUUCCCAAGGUAUAUGUGUCUCUUCCAUUUUUAUCUUCACAGAAACAUUAGGAGGUGGGCUAAGUUGAGAGCGAUUGUGAUUAAGCUGAUUUCAAAGGUCUAAAUUAAACACAAAGAAUGAGAGAUUGGUGACUAACACUGAUCUUUUAGCCUUACUCUAAAAUUGGGCAGUUUCAAAUUGUAGAAAUGAUGCGGCAGAUUCCCAGUGCCAGCUGCUAUUUUCCAUGCAGACAACCUAGUCAAAUUCACCGUAUUUAAAAGUGAUAAAAAUCUUAGGUGAUGCAUUUCAGAAAUGUCAGCUCCCAUGUUUAGAGUGCAGCCUAAGCACAGCUACACAGAAACCUACUCUGGUCUAUUCAGCAGGGCUUACUCUCCAGAAAGUAUUUUUGGGAUUCUAUGAAGAAGGAAGGA